AUGAAGGCGAUAAUAUUACUCCUUUGCCUUGGAUUUAUCUACCUAGCAAACGCAGAAUCCGACAUCUGCUACAACAGUAAAGAAGAAUGCCAUUCAACCAACUACGAAACAUACGUAGAAUGCGUCAGAAAACGGCAAAAACGUUCCACAAAUUGCUACUCCGACGACUGCGAAGACAACAACAACUGCAUUGAUACAUGCGGCCAGUGUGAUUGCAACUCCUGCAACUACAACAACUGUCACAGCUCCUGCAACAAUUGCUGCAAUUCGUGCUGCAGUAACUACGUACCUUGCCACACCAAUCACUGCUGCCACAAAACCUGCCACGCACAGUGCACCAAUUCGUCUUGCAGAAGCAGCUGCAGAAAAAAUUGUUUCGAAACUGUCAGGGAAAAAACUGAAGAAAAAAUUGAACGUGAACGAGUAAUAGAAUCGGCUGGUGGGUCUACUUACUCAAAUAUAACGAACUUAAACAGACAUAAUGUAACAACAAUUAUUCAUUUAAACAACGUUAUUAAUAACACUAACGUUAUCGACGUACCAAUUGUUGUUAACAACACUAAUAAUCAGAAUAUAACUCUUUACAAUGAAGAAGCGAGUGCGGGAAGUACUGGAGUAAUAACAGAAAGAUGUUGUACAGUCAUAAGUCCCAGACAGUGUGUUACGAGUCCAAAACCUCGUUGUUUCCACUACAGAUCGAAACAAUGUGGACCUUUUUGCACUGCUGACAUCGUUCACAAAGAGCAGCAACAGAUUUGCCAAUCGGACUACCCUGGAGCUCCGCCGAAAUGUUCUCAAAAUGUUUUUUACAUACCUCAACCCCAGCCAAAAUGUACCUAUCAAUCUGUUUGGCCUUAUGUGUCGUGUGGCAUUAAGAAACAGGAAACUUGUCAAGGAUGUUACUCUCAUUAUGUGGAUCGGCAAUCCACCAACUACUUGGGUUGUCCUUCUCAGUGUUACGAUGAUGGUUAUGGAAUGGGUUCGAUGUACCGUCAAGGUCCGAUGUACAGACAAUGGUACUCCCACGCGCCUUGCUACGACUGCCUAGGUUACCAGAACCCUGCAGUUGGAUAUGGAGGCUAUCAGCCAUAUGUAGGCGGUUAUCCACCAUACCCACCACUUUACCAACCCCAAUCUAUGCCGUAUAAUCCUCAAUUUAGCGAAAACGAUACCGACUCUAACAUACCAGUUAUGAAUUAUGGGGGAUACAACCCAGCAGCUGAACCAGCUACAAAUUUAGACAUACAACCAGGAUAUAUAAACCCACCGGUGCAGUACUAUGACGCAAGGUUACCACGAGAAGUUGAAAUUGAAGUUAAAUACGAACCAUCUUCCAACGCACAAGCUGAAGUUAAAAUUAAAAAGGAAGGAGAUUUUGAUAUUGUUCCUCCAGUAGAAUUCGAAAAAAAUAUCGACAUUAUUGAUAUUGAUAGCAUAGGUAAUGCCAAAGAGAAAAAAAUGCGUUAAAUAUACAAUGAUAAAGCC